CAACCUCAGAGAUAUGGGCCUGGGAAUACAAGGCUCCAGCUCCGAUUUCCACUCUAUAUUUCUUCACCAGGGCGAGGCUUCCUAUCACCCUCUGCCUCGGCCGGUCCCGUGUUUUUAAUCACUGGGCUCGGCUUGAAAUAAUAUAAGCACUAGAAGGAGAAGCUUUUCUUGUGUCCAAUGUUAUCCAUGUCAGACCUUGCCAUUGUCCUUUAGCAAAGCAAGGCUGAGAAUCCGGUAGUUGAAGUUGUAGCCUUGUCACUAUCUACCCAACUCCUGGUGCACAUCUGGCUACGUAUGGGUAAAACCAAAGGAGGGGCACUCGUCUAAAUUUUGAUUAUCCAAUACCAUCUUAGGAGACCUCCGCCAUCCGUCAUAGAUGCGGACUUCAUAACCCCACCUAACUCCGUGCCACUGAAGAUAUAAUCUCCCGCAGAUAUUCAUUUCUGAGGAAGAUACCCAGAUAUCGCAUUACCAUCUCAUAUAGACUAAUCUCAGCAAGAUGACGACUCAACUCGUGGGAAAGCAAAUUGGUGCUAUUGGAUAUGGAUUGAUGGGCCUCACGUGGCGUAGACAGCCUCCUUCUCAAGAACAGGCUUUUGACGCUAUGAACGCUGCGCUGGCUGCUGGAUGUAAUUUCUGGAAUGGAGGAGAAUUGUAUGGCCCGCCUAACGCAAACUCAUUACAUCUCCUCAACAAGUACUUCACAAAGUACCCCGAAAAGGCCGGACAAGUGGUCUUAAGUAUCAAGGGAGGCCUUGAUUCCAAUAUGCACGCAGAUGGAUCUCCAGAAGGAGUUAGACGCUCAGUCGAAAAUUGCCUCAAGAUACUGGAUGGCAAGAAGAGUAUUGACAUUUUCGAAUACGCCAGGGUAGACAAGAGGGUCCCCAUCGAAGAAACACUGAAGCAUCUAGAUGAGUAUGUGAAGGCCGGCAAGAUUGGGGGGAUCGGCUUGUCCGAGGUCUCAGCUGCAACAAUUGAGAGGGCUGUCAAAGUCACCAAAAUUGCAGGAGUGGAGGUAGAAGUAUCCCUAUUUUCAACUCACAUCUUGGAAAGCGGCGUGGCAGAAGCAUGCGCAAAACACCAGGUUCCAAUCGUCGCAUAUUCCCCAAUGGGUAGAGGUUUCUUGACUGGUGAAGUCAAAUCACCUUCUGAUAUCCCCGACGGUGACAUGCGAAAACAUAUGCCACGUUUCCAAGGAGAAAACUUCCAAAAGAACUUGACCUUGGUUGACGAAGUCUCCAAGAUUGCCAAACAAAAGGGAUGCACAACAGCACAGCUAGCCAUAGCUUGGGUAGCUCAGCUAUCCAAGCAGCUAGCCGUGCCAGUAAUUCCAAUACCAGGAGCGACCACGGUCGAGAGAGUUGCGGAGAAUAGCAAGAAGAUUUCCUUGACAAGUGACGAAGUUGCCGAGAUUGACUCUGUCCUUAAGUCAUUCCCAGUAAGUGGGGAGCGGUAUCCAGAGUCCCACAUGUCACACGUCGAUGUAUAGGCACGGGUUGCAAGAAGGGGGAAGAGUACUUAUUAUGCUUCUAGUGUCAGCUAGAAACCCACAUCAGAAUUUAAAGGGAUUUAGAAUACAUAUUCGUGCUCAGAGAAUGUGUAAUGUAUUGUGUGCUCAACAUAGGCCAAAGGAUGGAUUCAGAAUUGCAGAAUGCUUUGUAAUCACAGCAGAAAGGAACAGAUAUCUAAGAAAUGCAGACUUACAUGUAAUGUUUGCAUAGGUCGUCAGUCGU